GCCUAGACGCGUUCCCGUGGUUCCGCACUGGGUGCACGCUGGGAUUCGCCGUAGCGCCGGUAACGCUCGUCCGACGCAGGUGGUGCACACGGGAGAGCCGCCGCGCAAUGAUAACAUAACGCCGCGUCGACUUUUAUCCGUCCGUCCGUCCGUUCCCCCCCUCCCUCCCCCCGGUGUCUCCGUCCGUCCGUCCGUCCGUCCGGCGCCGCGAUGCCGCCGCAGCGCGUGUUCGCUUUGCCGAGGCAGCAAUCUCUGCUCCUGCCCGCGGUCAUCAACCCGUUCGUCCAAGACACCCGUCUGACCAAAGCGGCUAUAAUAAAAUGUGUCCUCGUGGGUCUCAUCCUGGUGCCCGUUCGCGCUGUCCUCGUGUCCCUGGUUCUGAUGGUGACAUGGCCUGUGGCCGUCCUAAUAACCCUCAACCACCCUAUGAAGGGAGCAGUGGAGCCGAUGACAGGCUGGAGAAGGCUCAUGUGUCGGAAAGUGAUGGCGGCUCUGGGGAGGACGUACUACUUCUGCAUGGGCUUCAGGGUGGUGGUCAAGGGCAAGCAAGCCGACAGCACCGAGGCCCCCAUCCUGGCCGUGGCGCCGCACUCCACCUUUUUCGAUGGGAUCGUGUGCCUCGUUGCGGGCCUCCCCUCCACCGUCUCGCGCGUCGAGAACCUUGAAACGCCCAUCUUUGGCCGGUUCGUGCGCUGUCUUCAGCCUGUGCUGGUGUCCAGAAAGGACCCCGACUCCAGGAAGAAUACAAUCCGGGAGAUUGAAAGCAGAGCCAAGUCCGCAGGCCGCUGGCCACAGGUUUUGAUUUUUCCGGAGGGAACAUGUACAAAUCGCUCAUGUCUCAUCACUUUCAAACAAGGUGCCUUUGUCCCCGGGGUCCCUGUGCAGCCUGUGAUUAUGAGAUAUCCCAACAAACUGGAUACGGUGACUUGGACUUGGCAGGGUUUCAGCUCGAAGACGCUGCUGCUUCUAACUCUGAGCCAGCUGUACACCACGGUGGAGAUAGAGUUCUUGCCAACGCAGAUCCCCACAGAGGAGGAGAAGAAGAGCCCUCCCCUGUUUGCUAACAGAGUGCGACAAACUAUGGCCCGGACCUUAGGAGUUCCAGUGACCGACCACACGUACGAAGACUGCCGCCUGAUGAUCUCAGCCGGUGAGCUGACGCUGCCCAUGGAGGCCGGCCUGGUCGAGUUCACCAAAAUAAGCCGUAAACUCAAUCUGAAGUGGGACAAUGUGAAAAAGGACCUAGAGGGCUUCGCAGCAAUUGCCGGCUCUUGUAAAGGGGGACGGAUCACCAUCGAGGAGUUUGCCAAAUUCCUGAAGUUGCCUGUCAACCCAGCCCUCGAGGAGCUUUUUGCAUUGUUUGACAGGAACGGAGACGGCACCAUAGACUUCAGAGAGUACGUUAUCGGCGUGACCAUUUUGUGUCGACCGGCCAACACGGAAGAUGUGCUUCGAAUGGCUUUCCAGCUGUUUGAUGUGGACAAGGAUGAGAAAAUCACCCGAGAGGAGUUCUCUGCUCUGCUGCGCUCAGCUCUGGGUGUUUCCAAUCUGAACAUGGCCAAACUCUUCAAGGAGAUUGAUGCUGACCGCUCCGGUUUCAUCACCUUUACUGAAUUUCACGACUUCGCCAUGGUCCACCCGGAGUACGCCAAGCUCUUCUCCACCUACCUGGAGCUCCAGAGAUACCAGGCCAUCCAGGAGGCGACGCCGGGGGAUCUGGAAUUAACCGGUUCAGCUGAAGAACAGGAAGACAGCACCUCAGACAAAAAAGAUGACUGAGGGUGACACCGAGGAUGGCUGCGACUCGACGGGAUGGGAAGGGAAAAAGCAAACGUGUGUCCCGCCCCUUUUGACUUUAAACACAGGUCAGCAUUGUAGGUCAUGUGCUUGCCUUUUUAUAAAUAGUUUUUUAGAGUACUUCUUUUUUUCAAAGUUGGUGCCUUAUCGAGAUCUCAAAUGAACCACCUUGCCCAAGUCGCCGCACAAUAAACGUCGUAUUGCAGUCUUUUGAAUCCCCAAAGCUUUGUGUGUAGGUGUGUUUUGGUCAUGUGUUCUUCAUAUAAAAAAAAAAAAAAAAAAGAACAUGCAAACAACCACUGGCUCUGUCCCGAUAUAGUGGAGCACAGUUGUUCCGUAGAAUUAGGAACGCGGAAACUUUAGAAGCACCGCAAUCGUAGUGUUAGUGACAGCGUUUUAUGACAUAAUCGCCAUACUUUUGACCACAUUUCUGUGUAUCUUUCGGCUUCCCUUUGCUCGGACUUGGAUAAACGUGCAUGUUGCGUUGUGCACCUUCUUCUUGGACUCUCUGUUCCCGUGUAAAUGUGCAGAGAACAGUAGCCUUUAAAAAAAAAAAAAAAUCCAACCAAAGGGCCCACGUGCUUCUGCGUUGCAGUAUAAUUAGUGUACCGUUGAGCUUUAUUAAGAUCGCUCCAAUCCGGCAAAGCCACUGAUGUUCUGUAGUAAAUCCAUGUCUACAAGGAGCAUACGCGCUGUGCAUUACACUUAUUUUCAGCGCUCGGGGUGGGGGUGGGGGAGGGGGCACGGACCUUGUAAGACGGCUGUAUAAUUAGACAGAGGUUUGUUUUGCAUCUGUAUCUAUUUGCAUUUCUACCGAAGGCGGCUUAUUGCUGAGACAGCAGCACGUCUGUGCAGCUUUGAGUUAACGAAAGCAAAUCGGCCGCCAAAUUUAGGGCAAUUUGUGAGCAAAAAGGCAACGGUGCUUCUUCACGACAUCGCACCCCGGCGGGGUUGUGCUUUCAGAUUAUCUAGCGUCUACUGUUAUUUAUUUAGCAAGGCGCAUUGCAAUUAUGUGAUUUCUUUUUUUGUUAACAAUGCAAAUUUUGCUUUUUAAAAUAAAACAGAGUAAAAUGUUAAGCUUGCUGGAUUUUUUUGUAUUCGCCACUGAGGGAACUAAUGACUUCUGUAGAUUUUGAAUUUAAUGAAGCACAGAUGCUUUGGAAGUGUCUCUGGUUCUCUGCAUCGCCACCAGGGGCCAGUACUUACCUACGAGUAAUUCCUCCAUGUGUUUGCUUUUUGUUCUUUUACUAAAGUACCAGUUUGAAAUUCAGCCAGUAGAGCUAGAAACAAUGUUUAAUCAGGAUUUACGGUACGUGUUUUGGUAUGGGUAAAAUAAUGCAUACAUGUGCAAACGUUGCAAUUAAUCUUGAGGCACUGAAACUGAGUUUUGCCAUCGUUUUAAAUUCCUAUCAGCAAUAAAAGUGAGUUCAUCUUUGAUCUUGAACAUAAACAUUUCAAUAAAUCUCUUCUCAAUUUUG